CACAACACGACAAAUUCCUGCAACCAUAAAGCGGCGUUACGCCCUUUCAUCCAAAAAUUUCAAUCCUCCUCCCUCCUCCCUCCUCCCCUCUUUACAUAAUCCACAAUAGGCAUAAUUUUUCAGCGACAGCCAUGGACAACCCGCAAUCCACUCUCCCCCCAGGCUUUCGUUUCCACCCAACAGAUGAGGAGCUCAUUCUUCACUACCUGAGCAAGAAGGUGACGUCCACGCCCUUCCCAGUUUCCAUCAUAGCCGAUGUCGAUAUCUACAAGUUUGAUCCAUGGGAGUUACCUGGUAAAGCUGUUUUUGGCGAGAAGGAGUGGUAUUUUUUCAGUCCUAGAGAUCGCAAGUACCCCAAUGGACUAAGACCCAACAGAGCUGCUGCGUCAGGCUACUGGAAAGCAACCGGAACGGAUAAAACCAUUGUAGCAGCGUCGAGUAUCGGAGGAGGAGGGCAUGGGCAUAUUGGUGUGAAGAAGGCGCUUGUGUUUUACCAGGGAAGACCUCCCAAGGGAAUCAAGACUAAUUGGAUCAUGCAUGAGUAUCGCCUAGCUCAGCCCCCCAACCCCGCCAUCAACAAACCCCCCCUCAAGCUCAGAGAUGCAUCCAUGAGGUUGGAUAAUUGGGUUCUCUGCCGGAUCUACAAGAAAUCCAAUGCGGUUCCUCCGGCAACAGCAGCCGCCAUAGACGACGACCGAGAACAAGAAGAUUCUUUUAUGGAAGAGAGCUUGAAAAGCCACCCUAACCAGAGCACCAUCCAGCCGCAGAAACCUUCUUCCUUCUCCAACAUACUGGACGCCGUGGACUCUUCCACACUCGGUCAUCUCUUCUCUGAUAUCCAAUACUCUGAUCCCACUGGUUUCGAACCCACCCCACCGGCCAAGUAUGGGAGUCUGGGCCAAUCCAACGACAUCCUCCCAAAGCUUCCUUACUGGAAGUCGGUUCCAAGCAUGGAAAACCAGCUGAAGCGCCAACGUUCGAGCAUGGAUGGGGAUGUGCCAUGCCCAUCAAAGAAACUUACAAGUUCUUGCACUUUCACCACCAACCCUAAUCAGUCAGACCUCCCGCAGAGCUACUUCAAUCAAUCAUUAUUCAAUCAGGCAUUACUUUUGAAUCCUUAUUUCCCAUUUCAAGGAUGAAAAAGGGGUUUUCGCCAAGGAAAAGAAGAAAGUGAAAAAAAAGAAAAAAGAAAGGAAGAACAAUGGACUCACCCACCGCCACUGAUAAAGAUGUGUACAGAUAGAGCCAGAGAGGGGAUAUGUGCUAGACUUUCGUGUAUGGAAAAUUGUGGAAAGCUGGACCGGAUAUCCAACACUUAAAUGGCAUAAAGAGAAAGCAAACAGAUGCCAUUACAAAUUAGGCCAUGACAAUGAAACAGAAUAAAAACCAACAAAUGAGCUGCAAAAAAAUAGACUAGUAAUUUGGUCAAGGAUUUCGUUAUGCCAUUGAAUGGAACCUUUUUCCACUCUAGUGUAGCGUGUUCAUUUUUAAUCUCAUCCCUUUAUAUUUUAGAUAUGAUGACGUGGAUUUUAUUUCCCCA